AUGGAGAUUAAUCACACUGAACAGCUACCAGCAGAAGCACAGUCAGUACCCCCAGAGGACAGCUCAUCCUCACCCAGGCAGAAUGGCCUCCAAACGCAAGAAGAUUCAAAUUCUGCAACCCCACUCCAAGUACCAGCACAAGAGGCAAGUGUGCACCCAGAAAAGAGGGCUCAUGACAUCUCUGAAGAGUUAAAUCAGGAAUUGGAGGACAUCAUAAGCACCUAUGGGUCUGCUGCCAGUACAGUCGGGAAAGAGGGUCCUCUAGAGGCCACAGAGCAGCCUGAGAAUGCAGAAGCACCCAACAGUGAUGACGGGGACUGUGAAGACAACGCCCCAGAUGCUGAAAGAGAACUUGUUGCUUCUGGAGAGCCAUCCACAGUUAAAGGGCCAAUCAGCCACAAAGAACAAAAACUGGAGAAGAAAAUACUCAAAGGAUUAGGCAAAGAAGCCAACUUGCUAAUGCAACAUCUGAACAAGUUGCAAACAGCUGAAGAAAAGCUGGAGUUUUUAUUCAAGAAGUAUGCUGAACUGCUGGAUGAACAUCGCACUGAACAAAAGAAGUUAAAGCUCCUGCAAAAGAAACAGGCGCAAAUCCAGAAAGAAAAGGACCAGUUACAGAGUGAGCACAGCAAAGCUAUCCUAGCUCGAAGCAAACUAGAGAGCCUGUGCCGGGAGCUGCAGAGACACAACAAGACGCUGAAGGAGGAAACUCUCCAGCGUGCCCGCGAGGAAGAAGAGAAAAGGAAAGAGAUCACAAGUCAUUUCCAGAAUACCCUGACGGAUAUCCAGGCUCAGAUCGAGCAGCAGAGUGAGCGAAAUAUGAAGCUCUGUCAGGAGAACACAGAGCUGGCUGAGAAGCUGAAAAGCAUCAUCGAUCAGUAUGAGCUGCGGGAGGAGCAUCUGGACAAAAUAUUUAAACAUAGAGAACUGCAGCAGAAGCUGGUGGACGCAAAGCUGGAAGAGGCACAAGAAAUGAUGAAGGAAGCAGAGGAGCGCCACAAUCGUGAAAAGGAAUAUUUGCUGAACCAGGCAGCAGAGUGGAAACUUCAGGCCAAAGUGCUGAAGGAACAAGAAACAGUACUGCAGGCUCAGCUCACUCUGUACUCAGGAAGGUUUGAAGAGUUCCAGAGCACACUGGCAAAAAGCAAUGAGGUGUUUGCCACUUUCAAACAGGAAAUGGAUAAAACAACUAAGAAAAUGAAGAAGCUGGAAAAGGACACAGCCACGUGGAAAGCUCGGUUUGAAAACUGUAACAAAGCUCUGUUGGAUAUGAUUGAAGAGAAAGCACUGCGAGCUAAAGAAUACGAAUGCUUCGUCAUGAAGAUCAGCAGGUUAGAGAACCUGUGUCGAGCCUUACAAGAAGAGAGAAACGAACUCUACAAAAAAAUCAGAGAAGCCAAAACAGCGGAAAAGGAUGACCAAGGCCAGCAUACCUCGGAUGAAGAAGCAGAGGCAAGUGUCCCUGUGGAGAAAGAGGUGGAUGCGGAGGAAGCCGACAGAGUUCAAGACGCUGUGAAGAAUCUGGCUGCCGCCUUCAUGGUCAUGCACGGUCCAGAGCCCAACCCGGACCAGCUCACAGAAGCGCCACCAGAACCCCGCGGGCCUCGGGAGCAAGGGCCCCGACAGCCUCCUCUCACCGCUUCGGGGGAGUCCGAGAGGCCCAAGCCUUCUCCGAGUCCUCAGGCCGCAGCCGAGGGAAGCAGCGAGGCAGAGGCCAACGCCGGUCCAGCCGGGCAGGCAGCGGAACCCAGGUGCUCGGGGCUCACGGAGGAUGCGCAGCCCCGGAAGCUGGAGGCGGAAGCUGCCGGUCAGGUGCAGCCGUCUGCAGCAGACACCCCUGGAGCAGCGAUGGAGAUGGAGGGUUCCGCUUCGCUGCUGCCAGCAGAGGAGCAGGUUCCAAAGUGGGAGACUGGAGGGGAGCCCAAGAGUCCAUCUCCACCAGUGGCCACAGAAGAGCUGCCCCAGGGAGCUGGAGCCGGAUCCCAGCAGCCCAACGUGCCCGGCACUGGUCUAGAAGGAGUCGAUUAA